AUGUUUUCAGGUCGAAUAGCUGUCGAAAUGUUUGACCCGAGUCCGGAAGUUCAGAAGAAGAAGUACGCUUUCAAAUGCCAUCGAGUGAAAGAGAAUGACAAGGAAAUUAUCCAUCCGGUCACGGCGCUCGCGUUUCACCAGGGUUACAACACGUUUGCCUCCGGCGGAUGUGAUGGCUUUGUCUACAUUUGGGAUGGCUUUAAUCGCAAACGGUUGGCGCAGUUAUCGAAAUACCCGGCCAGUAUUUCCAGUUUGACCUUCUCCGAGGACGGCCAACUGCUAGCCAUCGCAUCGUCCUACAUGUACGAGCGUGGUCCAAUUGAUAACGAGCCCGAGCCAACCAUCUACAUUCGAAGCGUGGCGGAGAAUGAAGUAAAACCAAAGCAUUUGACUUCUGGAGCGAACCCGUCAUCGACAGCAACAGCUACUGGUGGCUCAGCUUCCUCGUUGGCAUCGAAAGCUUAG